CGUUAAAUUUGUAUUCUAAUUUUAAAAAUGUAAUACACACCUAUAACUUUUUCCCCUGUGCAACAGAGACCCCUGCUGGUGGGCAAACGACUGGCAACAAUUAAUGACAUAGUUCCGUUUCCGGUGUAAACAAACAAGCCAAUAUGGCGGCUUUCGUAGUCAAACAAGACUCGGCAGACUGUUGCUAGUAGAGAGCGUCGCUUGUUGAGAUUUGACACAUUUUAUAACAUGGAUGAACCGGGAAGUGGUGGGAAUGUGGUUCGUUACUAUUGCACGGCCGGUAACGGUAUGGAGGCUUUUUUAAUCAACGAGGUGAAGACGAAGCUAGCGGCUGAAGACGUGUGUCAAAUUCCAGGUAAAGUGUUAUUCAGCUCUUCUGCAAAGAUCAACAGAGUUAGUAACCUGAAGGGUGCAGAGAGACUCUUUCUUCUGUUGAAACAAGACUCGCCGGUGAGUCUGUCUGCCCACACCAGCACAGCAAAGGCAGCCUCUGUGCUACAGUCCAGACUGUUGGAUGACAAGAAUCAGUGGACCAGUGCUGUAAUGACAUGGAGUCGACUGCAGGGGGAGCUGACAGGCAGCAAAAACACCAUCAAAACAUCAAGCCCUGCCCUGGGAGUGACAAGGAAGAGGGAGGAUGCGAUGAGAGGGAGUGACGAACAGAGCAGAGAGGGGGAGAAGAGCCUUGUAGAGUUUAGAAGUACAGGAGGGGAGAGGAAGGAGGAGAUUGACAAACAGAGAAGUGGUGGACAAAAUGGAGUAUCCACAAUGGCACAGAAGAGAAAGAGAGAUGAGGAGGAGAAGGAGAGGAAAGUGGCAGCUUGGGACACAGGCAUUGAGAAGACUGUAGAAAAGGGGAAGGCAUGUGAGGAAGAAAGGACGAGAGAGGAAGAAGCAGAGGGGAUGUUAGAGGAGUUUAUCGACUGUACACAUGGAGCAUACGUCAAUGGGGGAGGACCGGUUUGUGACCACACAGCAUCCAGGCUGGAGCACCGUGGAGCAAGUAGCAGCAGGAAGAUGGAUGACAUAGUAAAGGAUUUCACUGAAGAAAGUCAGGAAAAUGUGAAGACCACUGGAGAAAAAAAUCAGACACUGCUGACAACCUGUGAGGAUAAACCAGAGCUGCUUUCCUGUAUCCCGGUCUCCUUCAGGAUCAGCUGCAAAUGUUCUGGAUCUCUGUCACGAUGCUUGGGCGCACAGGAGGUGAGCAGAGUGAUUGGAGCAGGUCUGAGCAGACUGCUGGGCUGGAAGGCUGACCUGAAGAAUCCACAGUUGGAGAUAAAUGUCCAUUUGAGUGAUGACUACUGCCUGCUCGGGAUCCCACUGACCAGGUUGCCUCUUGCUAACCGGAGCUAUAUAAAAAUCACAGGACUAAGGUCUACAACAGCCUGGGCCAUGGCCUCACUGGCUCAUAUACAGCCAGGCUUCCGUGUGGUUGACCCAAUGUGUGGGGUGGGGACCAUCUUAAUAGAAGCUGCACAGGAGCAUAAGGAUGCCUGUUUCCUGGGUGUGGAUAUUGAUGAAGCACAGCUGCAGAAGGCCAGUGAGAACAUAGCAUUUGCUGAGUUGGAAAACAGAAUAAACCUGCUGAAAGCGUCGUCUCUGGUACUGCCUGUGCCCAGUGCCACUGUAGACGCUGUGAUCUGUGACCUGCCAUUUGGCAGGAAGUUUGGCUCCAGAAUAGACAUGGCUGCCAACUUGCCACUCGUCCUGACAGAGAUGGAGAGAGUUCUCCGUCCUGGUGGUAUCCUGGUGCUCCUCCUGAGUCCUCAGUUGUCCUGUCUACUCAAAAAACUUCUAAUACAAUAUGAUACUGGACCAACAUCUAACCCUGAAACAAAGCCUCAGACUGGGAUGCAAAACUGCCCAUCUUCUUCCAGAUCUCCUUCUAAGAAGCAGACUUUCCAAAUCCACUCUGGGGUCAAAUCCUCACCAAGCCAAGAAACCAAGCUUCAACACAGUCUGCCUUUCACUGUGUCCUCAUUGAAGCAUCAAGCAACUUUCAGAGUCAGCUUAGGAGCAAUAGAUGGACUUAUUCAUAAAUAUGUCAAAACAGACUGUUGUGUUUUCAGGGAUGUUAUGUUUUAAGGCACUUGGUUUGAUUUUCUUUGUUGCUAACAUGUAAAAAAAAAAAAAGUGGCCAUGUUGAAAUACCACUGUGUUUUAACCGCUCUGUAACAUGUUUUGGUUUGCUUACAACUUUUUAAUUGUAAAUGAGAUUUCCAGGUAUUUAAAAUAUGUUUUGGAAGCAGCUGAGAAAUUAUUUUUGAAAGCUUACGAGUAAAGAAAUUUUGAUUUUCCAAUCCUCCAGCAGUGCUUGACCUCUAAUUUCUAAAAUCCUGCCCGUGGCACUCAUUCCCAAGCUCACUUAUUCAUUGAUUAUGGUUAUCUUUAAAAAGCAACUCACAAAUGUUGCUCAGUAUCUCAACGUGUUCAUAAAAUUGCCAGACACUGCCUUUUUUUGCAUUACUUUUUAAUCAAACUGUGAUAAAUUGUGAAUUUCUUCUCAACACUUUUCAGGUUAAUAACACUGGCAUAGUCCCCUGCUUUUUGUUUUGCUAAUGGGGGACCAUUCCAUGGUGACUGUAUGGGGUUUUUUUUAAAUAAGAGUUUUAUGGCAGAAAAUAGUUUACUUUUUGAAACAAUUGUGUGUUUAACUGUUUCAUUAUUUGCUAACACUACUGGAAAAUAUGAAAUAUCUCUAAAACGGUAACAGGAAAAGAUGGGAUUGUUUUUUUCCUGCAUCACAGACCCCCUCACUGAAUCAUAAAGUUGCCAUCUGCCACUGUUUAGCCCUGCUUAGCCCAGUUUUACAUUAAGGGAGCCAAAUAAUGCA